AGAGGAGUAUUCACGCUGAGCUGAUCCGUGCCUCCAGGAGGAAGGUCUCUGCCCUGAUUGGAGAACAAAGAAAGAAACAUUUAUCUUUCCACGCAACAAAAGAAUAAAAACAACAAGGGGAUAUAAUCUAACAUUGACAGAGAACUGGGAAGAGGUCUGAGCCGAGACACGAGCAGAUGGUACAGUUUUUAGGGCUUGGUGUCAGAAAAAGAAAUGGAGAGUCGCCUGGCCAAGCUGCUGUCCCCACUACCGCAUGUGGUACAGCAAGGGGUAGAGGAGAUUAUGAACGAGGCCCAGGUACACCGGGAGCAGCUGCUGGAUGCUCUGUUAAGAGACACAAGGUGCAACCAGUACCUAUCCACGCUGGGUAAACUGCUGCUGGCCUCGGACCUCAGGUUGUGUAGCAGUGUAGCCUUUAUCUUGGGAACCGUGGCAGAAGACCCCACAAUAUGCACGAUACUGGUGGAUCUUGCAGAACACUCAACAGAUUGGGACCUGCUGGGGAGACUGAGCUCCAUGCUGUUGUGGGAGGACAUGGAGGCUGUAAUGAACGCUGCUGGGGCCUUGGGAACUCUAGCCGAGCACAGCGAAGGGCGUCAAUGGAUCCUCGCAUUUCCGAACUCUGACGCUAUCAUUGAGAACAUUGCAGACCUGCUGGAAUCUCCCAGUGAUUGGACGGCCAGUAACUGCGCACUGGUUCUGGCCCGGAUCUGCAUGUGCCAGAAGGGCUGUGCCAGAAUUCUGGACCAUCCCAAAUCAGAUGGAGUGCUCCGAAAGCUUAUAGCGUCGCUGCAUGUUGACGAAGCAGGCUGCGGGUUGAAUGCUGCCUUUGCUCUUGGACGUCUUUGUGACACAGAUACCGGGAGGAAACGUGUGCUCGGACUACGAGAGGCUGAAGAUAUGGUGUCUGCUUUGGAAGAAAUUAUGUCAGGUGAGGAUGCAGGAGGAAGUCGGAAUGCCUGUUUUGCCAUCGCUUGCCUAGCAACGGACCAAGUAGGCCAUGAAUAUGUUUUGAAGAAUCCAUCCUUCCCUCGGAUUGUAGACACCCUGUGUUGCCUACUUCAGUCUGAGGAGCAAGAGUCCAGCUGGUUUGCAGCAAUGACUGUGAAGGUAUUGUCCAGUUAUUCUCAUGGAGUGGUGAGACUGCGCCAACACAAUUUACUGGAGAAAACGCUAAAGAGGAUAUUGGCUUCUCACAUGACUGGUAAGGACCUGCUUGAGGAGGUACAAACCACACUCAAAAAUCUACAGCGACUUCCCCAGCCAUCCUGUCCUAGAGCCAAGGUCACAGAGUCGAGGUCCAUAUGGAUUGAUUGGGAGGAAUAUAAAACAAACAGUGGGUUACCAGUUACAUACAGUCUGUUUGAUGGUGAAAGAUUGCUCUAUCGAGGCCCGUUCUGCUCUUAUCAGAUCACAGAUUCCAAAGCUGGUCACCAAUAUCAAAUUAAAGUGGUUAUGGAAACCCCUGGAGACCGCAGUCCAGACAGCCCAGUGACCAUCAUGACCAUGGACGAACCAUUGCCAGGCCCUCCUAUGGACUUACAUAUUACAGGCCGUACAGCUACAAAAAUAAAACUCAAUUGGUCUCCACCAUCUGAGGCUAGUACAUUGAUUAAAGGUUAUAUCGUGUACAAGGAUGACAGUCCUGUGGAGACAACUUCUGAGUUAAGCUGUAUAGUAGGAGGUUUGUUGCCAUUAUCAAGUUAUAAUUUUAGUGUUUGUGCAUUCUCAUCAAGAGGCCAGGGGCAAAAGUCAUCCAUAGCAGCUAAGACGAUGGACAAAGGAGAUCAUGCCCCAGGCAAACUCACUCUGUAUGUCAUUGGACGAAGUGAGAUCUUUAUCACUUGGGAGGUACCCAGAGACUCUGCUGGGAAAUUUUUCAAUUAUGAACUGUGCAUGAACGGAAAGCCAGUCUAUUUGGGCACUGAACGUUCUUACACUGCCCGUCGCCUUAUACCCAAUACAGAAUACACCUGCAGAGUCUGUGCCAUCACCAGUGAAGGGCGCUUUGAGAGUCGGCCGGUUACUAAGCGCACUGCCAAGGAUGAAUAUAGCAAUCUCAGCAAAAACCAUGUUACAGCUGAGAGCAACCAACUUCUUAUCUCCUCACCACCCCGUGAUAGCCACAAUCCCACCCAGAGACAGAAGAAGACAGAUGGCCCGGCCAAAAACUGUCCUGAUAAAAGCCACCACAUACGCCUGCUGCUGAGUCGCCAGACAAGCAAAACAAAAGACAAGACAAGUCAGGCUCCCAACUCAAGAAGAGGCUCCCAGAUAUCCUGGUCUACAGAAUCAAGUGACGAUAAUAUAGGAACGCUGGAAUUCCAGAAGGCUUCAACGUGCGACCCAGCAGCCAGGCACAUGGAAGAAGCACCUAAACGCAGAAAUAGCAACUUUUCUCAAAAAGAAAUUGGAACCAGUAACGAAAACAGAAUGGAAACUCCCCAGACAAUUAACACAGGAGCCUCUCUGAAGCCAUCCCAGCAGUUGACGGUGACAUGCCCCAAACCAGCUCAUCCUGGCUCUGACAACAAGAAGCCACACAGUGCCUACGGUCUAAGGCUCCUGCCUGUGGCAUCACUUCAAAGCCUGGUACCGGAACACCUUCUCCUCCACCAAGCCAAGAUGGAGGCUGAGCUUGUGCAAUCAACAUUUGGGCAUAGGCAAGAGCAGAAAAUACAUGAGUGCCCACCAACGUCUGAUAAGGAAAAAUCUCUGUGUCGCAGAAAAACAUUACAGCCAUUAAAAGAUCCCACGCUGAGGUUUAGACACCAAAACCUGAGAGUCAGUGCGUGGGAUAUUACCGGUGCCUUGAAAUCUGCAGAAGGAAGGCGACAUAGUUUUUCUGGUAGAUCUUCUCGCACAUCUUCUGAAGAAGAAAAAAUUCGACCAGUGAAUAUAAGCUUCCUGUGCAAAGAUAGGCUCUUCUCAAAGCCAGGUGGAGCCUUGGAUUUUCGCCAUCAAUCUGUGCCCCAGUUUCACUCAGAGCUGUCUCGAAUUCGGAGCUUCCAGCAGAUGGAAAGGAAGGCACGGAAACCUUUUAAAGGACACAGGAUUGGAGGCUCCCUGCCUGAACCUUUUCAUAGGGACAUUAUGGCUUUAGUUGGUGAAUCUGGGAUCACAUUUCGUCUGCCACUUGCGCUCAACGAUUCUCUUACUCAACAGAAAGUCAAACAGCACCUCUGACAGGGGGCGGAAAAUCUCGAAAGAAGGAUUUCUGUUGAGUUUGACUAUAAGACGAAAAGACGGGGGUCGAAAAAUCUCAAAAGAAGGAUUUUAGUCCAAAAGACUGGAAUAAACCAUUUUCACAAAGAGGAUCCAACACUGUGUUUACUGUAGUUCUCCUUACAGUGGUGCACAAUAAGCACCGCUUCCAAGCAUUGCACAACCUCAUUACAAUAUUAAACUAAGAGAAUUAGACAAUGAUCUGCUGAAAGGUCAUCGGACUUGGGAGGUCAGAAUGGAACAAAGACAAAACUGCAAGGCAUUGCCAACUGCUCAAACGUAUUAUUAAAUCAACAAUACCACGGAGCUGGGUAAAAUAGUGUUCUUAACCACAAGAUGCCAUUUACAACCUCCACAACCUCCUAUGUAUACCACCUAUUAAUGGACACAAAUCACAGGUCUUCACGGAUAAUUUGAUCUGCAGUAACACAUAGCCAUCUGUUCUUGGAGACCUGAGAUGAAAGUAUGGAACAAAAGACUUUGAGAAAUAAAAAGCACUUGGAGAAUGAAUUUAAUUGGAGGGGGUAGUUUCACAAAGAUUAAUUACAGGGUCUUUGCUUAAAAUCACAAGGAAAAAAAAAAAGGCCUUUCUACCUAGAACAACGAUAUUAGCUCUGUUUGGCAAGCCAGGUGUAAGUUUACAAAUAUCUGGCUCGCCAAAGACAGCUUUUAUCAUUGGCCAAACGUUGUGGAAAUGUAGGUCACAGAUAUCUGCAAAGGCGGGGGUCGCCUCCAUAGUACUAUAAUUACAUUAAAAAAGCAGUGGAAAAAAAAGAAUCUCUAAACUGUGACUACAGCAGACAGGAGGUUUUUUUGUUUUUCCAAAUCUAACAUUUUACCUAAAUUUUGACAUUUUUAAUUUCAAUUCACUGCAAUUUGGAAUAAUUUUUCAGAAUGUUUUUAUACACUGUUUUUAUUUGAAAUGUUCGAGAUAGCAAAACACAUUCCAGAUAAAGUCGUAUGAAUGUAUACAAUUAUGUGCAAAACAAAUAAGGGUCAAUAAAUGUCCCUGCUAUCAAGCUGCAAAAGCAGUUAGAGAAAUAUUUUAGCAUAAAAAAAGGAGAUAGUCACACACACCUGACUUCAACGGACUAAAAAAAUGCAGCAACCGCUGCAUAAUAAUUUGAUUGUUUGCAGGUUGAUGAAAAAAAAUUUGGAGUGUGAGCGUACGUGUCUGUACCCUGUCAGUAAUUAUCUGCGUUACUGCUUUUUAAAUAAA